AUGGCAACCCUCGAUUCACCCAUCCUUGUCCAGCUUCCAUCCAAACGCCACAUCUACGAGACUGCUGUCUAUGAGGCUCCGUGGAACGCCCCUUCGACGACGUCUCAUAGUGGAGUACUCCAGGGCCAAGAUCCCCUUGCCACUGCCAAAGCAUCAGAAACCCAAAACGAAAAUGCUCAUCGUCGCUGGAGACCGCGUUAUCACCUCAUGCCGCCAACCGGCUGGCUGAACGACCCUUGUGCACCAGGCUAUGAUGCCGUGCAUGAUGUCUACCACGUUGGAUUCCAGUGGAACCCCAAGAAGCCAGAAUGGGGCGAUAUUUCAUGGGGAAGCGCACUAUCAAAGGACCUUGUUUCCUGGGAGGUCAAUGAUUUUCCUUCUAUUCAACCGUCCAAGAAGCAUGAUGGAGAAGCUGGGGUCUUCACAGGGUGUUGGAGUCCAGUAUCCUCAGUACCAGGCCGGAGCACUGCAUUCUAUACGUCAGCGCGGAUUCUUCCGAUACACCAUACACUUCCUUACAACUGGGGCUCUGAAGCAAUUUGCAUUGCUACGUCGGACGAUGCUGCUCGUACAUGGCAAAGAGGCAAUGCACCGACUGUCUUGGAUGGCCCUCCACGUCACCUCAAUGUCACAGGCUGGCGUGAUCCAUAUGUUGCUAAGUGGCCUUCACUCAGCCGGCUCCUAGGAGACAAGAUAGACCAGGGACUGUUUGGGAUCGUAUCUGGUGGUAUUCGCGGUAUUGGCCCUGCAGUUUUUGUCUACUCUCUCGAACAGUACGAUUUGGCGGCCUGGAACUUCAUCUCUGUGCUGACUAUAGCACCAACCUCGCAGAGGGAACAUCCUUCCCAAUGGGAGCCCGACUAUGGCGCAAACUGGGAAGUGGUCAACUUCCUUUCACUCCCUGACCCCGACGACCAAGAAAUAAGUCAUGAGGUAUUAAUGGUUGGCGUCGAGGGGCGUAGGCAAUCUAAUGUCGAGCCUCCGGGACGCCACCGCCAUUCAGAGUUCAGACGGGAUCAUGGCCAGAUGUGGGUUUCGGGCCCCUUGGUGAAGACUUCAGCGGGGAUAGAGAUGCAAUUCCGUUCUGGCGGCGCUCUGGACUAUGGAGCAAUUUAUGCUGUCAACUCCUUCCAUGAUCCAAAAUCUAACCAGCAAGUAGCGUUUGGCUGGAUUGUUGAGGAAGAUCUCUCUACAGAACUGAAGGGGGCACAAGGAUGGGCCGGACUGUUAUCUAUCCCGAGAGUCGUCCGGCUGAGCAGGAUACGCCAUGUUGUCCAUGCAUUGAAGUCAGAUCUGACAUCGAUAAAGUCACUUGACGUGGUACCAGAAGAUAAGCCGCACCAGAAGUUACUCUUUCCAGAAAGCUCUCCUCAGAUCUACACGAUUACGACCUUAUGUGCUUUGCCAGACCCUAGACUCCGCAAGCUUCGCCAAAGUCAGCGAUUUCUGGGUCCCGCCACAUAUAGCACCUUGCCUGACUCUCUGGGAAGCUUGGAAUUCGCUCACGGAUGCUCAUGUUGGGAACUAAAUGUAUCUUUCGAUAUUGGCAACGGCGUACAUAGUAUUGGCUUCAUAAUAGGCCACACAAAAGACUCAGAACUGCGUACUGUGGUCUCGUUCAGUCCUGACUUGGAGAAGCUUACAAUCACACGAGCUAAAUCCACCAACAUGACAGGCAUAUGCGUGGCGGAUGAAGAGGCACCACAUACCCUCUUCUCGACCUUGUCUCCUGGAACUGCUGAACCAUCUCUGUCCCAAGAGCCCUUGCGGCUCAACGCAUUCUUUGACGUGAGCUGUCUCGAGCUUUUCGCCAAUGAAAGGACGGCAAUUACCGUUUGUGGUAAAGAAGAGUGA